GAUACUAGCUGUGAGCGCAUCGCAGACAGGAACAGCUGAAAAAGAACAACAAAGCCACGACGACGACGACGGAACAAACAACUGAUGUGCGUCUAAAAAAUACACCUCAAAUAUCGGUGACAUCGUCGCUGGUGGGGAUAUUGUGUGCCACUGAGACAAAUCUGAAACGUUGAGUCAUUCCCAAAGAUUUCACAAUGGGACGUAUCUUCUUGGACCACAUUGGUGGAACACGCCUCUUCUCCUGCGCCAAUUGUGACACCAUCCUGACUAAUCGGUCUGAGCUUAUCUCGACACGUUUCACGGGAGCCACGGGCAGAGCUUUCCUCUUCAAUAAGGUGGUGAACCUGCAGUACAGCGAGGUACAGGACAGAGUGAUGCUCACCGGGAGGCACAUGGUGAGAGACGUGAGCUGCAAGAACUGCAACAGCAAGCUGGGCUGGAUCUAUGAGUUUGCCACCGAGGACAGUCAGCGGUACAAGGAGGGACGUGUCAUCCUGGAGAGGGCGCUGGUUAGGGAGAGCGAGGGCUUCGAAGAGCACGUCCCCUCAGACAACUCGUGAGCCCCACACCCCCCCAAAGUUGGAUUAACUUUAUGUGGGAAGGCUCACUCCUGUGUCCUCCUUUCCCUCCUCCUUUAUCCUCUCGCCUCUGUGCUGCGUAUCACCACCUGCAGACUUAGUGGUCAGUGAAGUUCUGGCUGACACCGCCCUCCCUCACUCUCACCCUCACCUUAUCCCUGUCUCUGGCCUGUGACCUUUGACCUCUGCUGAUUAGAAGAUUGGUUUGCUGGAUCUGUUCUUGCUGAAUAGGCUUCCCCAAAAUAUUCCCUGAUUUAUGUGUCACAGGGUACCCCACCCACCACUCACCACCCCCUUCCCCAUAACAACUGGGGACACUGUUAGGAGUUGUAACCUCACUUGUUUAAGUGUUCAUACACAGAAUUUUCAUCAUCUCCGCACAAGGCAUGCUCCACACUUUUUUGUAUGGUAGUUAAAACACAUGCAUGAUAAUAAUAGACACAGUCAGCCACAUUAAAAAAAAGAAACAUCACCUGGUUGUUCUGUUUAUUUAGUCAGUAGAGUGUGUUCACCACCCAGACAUGGGCAAAACAACCAGCCCAGUCUACACAGCAGUGUUAACCAGUGCAGGUGUCACUCUACAUAUUACUUUUGUGGGGUUGUGCUUCUGUGUUGUGAACUUUGUCUCUGUGUAUUGUGUGGCCCUGAGCACAAAUUCAGACAAUGGUAGUUGUAAUUUCAAUAUCAUUUACCUUUUAUUAGCUGGUAGUGUAAUGAAUGUAGCAGUGUUUCAAAUCUCUGUUCUCAUCCAAAUGAAUCCGUAAGGACCGCACAGAUUGAUGUCAUAUUUAAGUAUUCAUUGUUGUGUUUGAUGAUGAUGAUAAUAGCAGUUUUAUUUAGAUUUGGCUCACAUGCUGUGCAGUUGUUUUGAUUGACAUGACAUUUUUUGGAAUUGUACACAAAGUGGCUUAAUUGUCCCCAUUCAUGCAGUUCAUAGUGUGGAAGUGAGCUCCUGUACAGUAGAAAAUCCUGGAAUGAAUCCUACACAGUUCUACCAAUCAGCAUCUGUUACCAUGGAUUCUGUGCCGUGUGAAAAGCUAACAUGUCAUUCUGGCGAUAUGUCAGGAGCACAUACCUUCCAGCCAUGUGUCUUUCAGUAUGACGGAGGAGGCGAUGGAGACAUUCUCUGGCUGCCUGCUGGCUUAAGGACAGGAUUAUGGGAGGAUGGGUCACACAGGCGUUCAGAAUGAGAUGGGUGACAGUUGGGGAGGGGAUGAGCUAACAGAGCCUCUGAGGGAGCGUCUUGAACCACAACACAGUUUGGAUUUAGCAGACUCCUUUUUCUGUAACACAGCACAGUGUUGGAAAAAACAGCAAACCAAAUAUUUGAUCGGUGUUAAACUGUAUUCAUUUAAAUUAAUGUUGAAUGCUGAGGCUGAACUACUGGGGCCAAAUUACUCUUGAGAUAGUGACCCUUUCUCUUUUUAUAAUUCUGGGCUUAGGGCACAUUUGGUCCUAAGAUGACUUGUUCCUUCCAACACAAAGCCAGACAAGCUUUAAUGGAGUAAUUUGUCUUUAAAUACAAGCCUGUGUCUCUGACUAGGCCAGAGCCUCUAUUUUAUAUUGUCAAAUUGUUUCAAAGAAAAUCUAAAUUUUUAUGACAUUUGAGGUUAUUUUUGGACUGGGUUGCAGCAUAGCAUCAUGGCCCUGGUGCAACAUGGUGCCAUUUCAGGGGGUGAAUGCCUGCAGGCAUUACCAGAAUGGUCCAGCCUUCACAAGUGACACUGUUAAUGUUUUUUCUCGCCUUUACAAGGUCGUGCAAAGACAGAGCAAGUUCUACAAAAAAAAAAAAAAGUUAAAUUAAAUAUAUUCAGGAAACUGAGACCAUCUUUAUCCCCAAGUCAGUGCAGUGUACAGUCAAUGGCCAAGACAAUAUAGUUAUCAUUUAUUGUUCAAUUUUAGCAUUUUAUUGAUAGGCCAACUGUUUUUAUUUGCUUUACUCUAUAUUAUUAUUAUUAUUGUUAUUAUUUUAUUGACUGAUGCAUUUAUCUUACUGUAUUUUUUUCCUGAUUGGAGGUUUGAAAAAAAAAGUUUUCUUGUAUGGCAAUAGCAAGAUUUUCUCUGAUGUGAUUUCUAAAUAAAGAUAUAGUCUUGCUGGGUUGAA